GGAAAUGACACAUCGAUCAGCCAACACAUCAUGAUCCUUAUCCAAAAGUUCAUACCCCAAUCCUCACCCGGAAACUUCCCCCUUUCUGUCUCUCUCUCUCUUUCUCUCUCUCCUUCCCACGCUCAUGUUCUUGUUGUUGCUUUCUCUCUCUUUCAUGUAUAUGUAUAUGUAUAUAUUUGUGGUGGCUGAUCGGAGUUUUGGACGAAUAUAUGGCAAGGCAAAAAAGGCAUGUCUAGCAAGGUGCUUUUGAAGUUCAACAUCAGCGUUAUCAGAGAUAAGCGUGCACAAACUUAUAUUCCUUCUUCGGUUAUUGAUAUUAUCACUCAUAAUUGUUGGUACUAAUUAUAUUAUUUUUCCCUUUUUUUUUUUUAUAAAUUCCACGGCUUCUUCUUUUUUUUUUUUUCCAUUAAAUAUUAUAUAAUUUUAGUAAUAGAAUUAAUUAAUAAAUUAAUUGGGACGGAGGUUGAAAGCGUGACUUUUGAUGGUCCUUCCUUGUUGAAUGGUGUUUUUCUUCCAGGAGGGUAGUACUAUUCCUGAUUCACUGUUCACAUUUUAACGGAAAACCUCCUGCUAUGCACGUUGUAUAUAUAUUUUUUGCCCAUUCAAAAACCACCUUCUUCAUAUUUCUCUAUCUUCUUCUUCUUCUUCUAUUUUUUUGGCAUUCAAUGCUAGGUCAAUGUGCAUCGGUCAUAGAUUUAACUUCCAUGUUUAUUUAAAUGUAUUAUUCGUAUCUAAUAUUACUUGGUUCAGGUACGGCUUUUUCCCUAAUAACCCAUUUAUGGAUAUUAUAAAACCCGCCCCAAAAAAAUAUAUUUCCUGUGGGAUUUUCGUUUGGUUUUUUUUUUUUUUUUUUUUUGGGUCUGUUUAUUUGAUGCAGAUUUCCGAGAAUGGGAUUUUUGUUGGAGUGAUAAUAGACAAGGAAAGCCACUCUCUUUUGUAGCUUCGUCAGUGUGGGUGGUAGCGCCUAAAUAUGGAAACAAUUAAUUGUUUCCUCUUCUGCUCGGAUUAUUUGGACUUUUUUAGCUCCUUGAAUAAAGCUGUCAAUGAACAAAAUUUCCUAUUACAGCUCUUAUUGUUGUUGUUUGGUAUUUGGGAGGUAACAAAUUGCUACUUCUAUUUACUACAGAUUCGUCAUCCAGAACUGCUAUGGAAGAGGACUUGUCCAGCAUGGUUACCAAUGGAGUGAAUGUUAUUGCGGCAGAAGCUUCAGAUUCGAACAGCAGUGCACAAGAUUCGAACAGCAGUGCACACUCAUUUGCUUUUAGCAACCCUGUGAUGCAUGAUUAUGUUGUCUCCUCUACAAAAUUCAAAGGAGUUGUACUGCUGCGGAAUGGACAUUGGGGAGCCCAAAUAUAUGGCAAUCGCCAAAGGAUUUGGCUCGGGACUUUCAAGUCUGAGAAAGAGGCAGCCAUGGCUUAUGAUAGAGCAGCAAUCAAGCUUCAUAGUGGCUACUCCUACAGGAAUAUUCCAUGGACAAGAAUCAAUAUUGAAGAGACAAAGUUUCAAAACAUUUAUAGCGCAGAAGCUGUGGUCAACAUGAUAAAAGAUGGUUCCUACCAAGCUAAAUUUGCGGAUUAUCUUAGGACUUCCACAAGAACUGUGGAUACUGAAGUUGGUUUCAACUUAACCAGGGUCCAGACAAGAGGAGUGAUUUGUAGACAUCUUUUCCAAAAGGAGCUCACACCAAGCGAUGUAAGCAAACUGAAUAGGCUUGUCAUUCCUAAGAAAUAUGCCAUUAAGUAUUUUCCGUGUAUUACUGGAAUAGCUGAAGAAGAAAAUCAGGUGGAGAACAUGCUGGGCGCUGUGCAGUUGGUGUUCUUUGACAAGAUGAUGAGGUCAUGGAAAUUCCGGUAUUGCUAUUGGAAAAGCAGCCAAAGUUUUGUCUUGACGAGAGGUUGGAGCCGGUAUGUGAGGGAGAAGCAAUUAAAGGCAAAUGACACAAUUACUUUCUUCAUGUGUGAAUGCAGAGAAGGUGCUAGAGAGGCACAACCAUUUUUUAUGAUUGAUGUUAAUGGAGGUGAUGGAAACAGUGGAUUGGUUGAGGGGGCUAACCAAAAUGCUAGCAAAACUAUUACAAAUGAUGAUGAGAAUGGGAAGGAACUUGAGGAUUGUGAGGACCUAGAGAUGGACACCGAGCCGAUACAAGACAGUGGGAUUACAAGCUUCAGGCUAUUUGGAUUUACUUAUCUUUUCUGGUCUCUGCAUCAUAUUCACAAACGAAGUACUACAGUAUUGUCGACUUUGUGCCAAAUUUGUUAUGAUGGUCAAUCUGUUGGUGCAAAAUUUUAAAUAUUUGUCUCUUAGUGGUGGUUUCAGAAUUCAAAAAUAUGAGGGAAUGUGUCACCGACAUAAAAAAUAUAGAUAGAUUGUCAUGUCAGUGUUGUUCAAUCUUUAUACGUAAUGUUUGUUUUUUUUUCUGUCAGAUGUAUCCAUAAAUUUAGAAAUGUCGCUAGGAGAUCGUUCUCUACUAUUAUAUACAAUCCAAACAUUGUGGUGUGUGAAGGGAAACGCCUUAACAUGUUAGUAUGUCAUUGUUAAUUGAUUCAAAGUAGGGCACGUAUUGUCCUUCAGCACUUGUCAUCUUAAUGGGUUUCUACAUAAAGUUUAUAACUACAUAUCAUAAUCUGAAUAAAUACAUAUAUGGAUGUGCUUUCUAAUAUAGAUGAGUUUUUCACAAAUUACCAGUAAAAAAUUGAGUUCCAGAAAUGACUUCCAAGUUGCCUUCUUAUGGUUCUUCCAUCACAAAGUCGUUGUCCAUUUGGUAUAUUUCUUUUCGUAGAUUUUGCAAGUUUAUUGCCGAACUCGUUUGCCUAUUGUUUUUGAGAGCAGACAUGUUUGUCCCUUUUUCAUUUUUUUUUUCUUUUUCUUUUAGAACAUCAAAGCCAUCCGACAUUUGGCAUUAUUAGGAAUAAGUCCUUUUAGGUUUUGAAAAUAUUAAAAAUUGUCACAACACUUAACUUCCAUCCAAAUAUUCCUUCAUCAAAAUCCAUAAGUCGUUCAGUAAAAUAUUAUACUUCUCGCACAGUAAACAAUAAUCAUUGGUGAUCACAGAUUCAAUACUUUGUUGAUGAAAAACAAAAAAUCCGAAUAAAAACACUCUUUCCAACAUGGUAUGAUUUUUUAUUUAUUUAUUUAUUUAAUUUUUUUUUUUGUGGGUGAAUACAUGGUAUGAUUAGUUACACAAAGUUUUUUGAUACUAAAAAUUCUUUAAAUUGAUAGUAUCGAUCUUACCCCUUAAAAUUUUAAAACUACCUUAACAUUAGAAAAUAAUAAUAACAAAGAGAAUUUUGAAUGUUGGAAAUGACCGUUGCAUCCAACUGCUAGAAAAAACAAAGCAUCCUUCACAUCUUUUAAACCCUUUGUGAGAAUCAGAAAACCUCCAACCGAUCAUUACCAACUGACCAUUACUAAUAUGUUUGGAGAAAAAUAUAAAAAAAAAAAGUAAAAAAGUCUAGGAAAAAAAAUAUAAAAAGAAAAUGGUUUCUAAUGGAGAAAAGGAAAUUCCUCAAUUAUAAAAUAUUUUACAGAAAAGCAUUAAUUAGAGCUCAAAAUUAGAUGAAAGAGACACAAUAAAUAAAUGUUUAAGAAACUCUAAUAUAUUACGUUAUCUCAUAAGAAAUUUUCCUUGCAUAUUUCUAUCAACAAAUAGAAGCUGAGAAUAAAACAAUACAAUACAGCUCAAUAAUUUUAUUAUUCUUCGUGAGACAUAAUAAAAUUUAAUGAAUAUAAAUCAAUCACAAUAGAUAAAAAAGACACUAACUAGGAUUCUCAAUGCAGUGCAAAUACCAUAAUAUUCCUCGGAUUUAUUUGUCAUCAAAUGAUAUAUACUAAAAAAUAUUAUUAAUUCACAUAUUUAUAUAACUUAAAUAUAAAAAAAUAAAAUUUUAAAAUAAAUAAAUAAUUAUUAUCACAUCCAAAAUCACAUCAUUUAAUAAAAAUUUUAAGAUCUCUAAUAUUAUUGCUGGGAUAGAAGAAUAUUAUUGCUAAGACUCUACACAUUCACCAAAACACAGACCUUCCUAAUUUUACCCUCAGACCCUGUUUUAACAUUUUUAAUCCGACCCAUUUUCUUCACAGAUUUGGCAAACUUAGCAAAAGAAAUCAUGGACUGAACCUUGAAGCAGUUGUUCAAGAAAUGACGGUAAAAGAGUUUGUAUCGCAUUGGAAAAGACCUCUUAGCUUGAGUAGAUGGAUGCAGUAGCCGAGGUCAAACGUACCACGGCUUCCGGUGUCCAUCUAAACCUUUGAACCUAAAAAACAUCAAUUUAGUAACAGAAAAAAAAUGUUGUUUCUGUUUCUAUAAACAGUAUGAAUAUGUAAAGCAAUGAAUAAAGUGUGGCUUGAAUUAGCUUUACCAGAGAGCAAGAUCAAGACCCUGAUUAAAAAAGUUUGGAAAGUGGAAAAAUUAGCAAAUGAAGCUGGUAUGGCUCUGGCUUCUGAUAUCCCUUGAAAUUAUUCCAUCUCUAGUACCAUUAACAUUAAUCUAAAAAUCAUAAACCCUAACAAAUUAAAUGUACGAGAAACCUAAAUCAACUAGUAACUGGAAAAUUUUGUGUGUUAUAUAACCAAAGCAGUAAUUUGACGAAACGCUAAAUAAAUUCCGACUCAAAACCAGAAACCCCAUAAACCCAAACCCAGAAACCUUAAAAACCAUAAAGGAAUAUAAAAAACCUAAAAAUCAAACUUAAACCCAGAAACCCCAUGAACCCAGAAACCUUAAAUACCGUAAACAAAAAUGAAAGACCUAAAUAUCAAAGUCUACCCAGAAACCCCAUAAACACAAACCCGGAAACCUUAAAAACUGUAAACAAAUAUCAAAAACUAAAAAUCAAACUCAAACCCAGAUUUGUCCAAAAUAAUAAUAAUAAUAAUAACUCAACCCCUCAUACGGUGGGGAGGCAUCCAGAUCUGUCCAAA